AGGAUAUACUAAUUAAAUGAAAUCCCGGGUGCAUAUUUGUGAUCAGAAGGUUACGGACGCCGGUGAUCGCAGAACUGAGCGAUAGAUAAGCGGAAGAUGACCACCGCGUCCAUGACAGCCACCGUCGCCGAGUCCGCCGCUGCAUCUUUGCCUCUCCACAACGUAUUCGUCUACGGCAGCCUUCUCGCCGACGAGGUCGUCAACGCACUAUUAAAACGCAUGCCGCCAUGCUCCCCCGCCAUCCUCAAUGGCUACCACAGGUAUAGCAUAAAGGGGCGUGUUUAUCCAGCAAUAUUGCCAGUAGAAAGCAAGAAAGUCAUAGGAAGGGUUAUCAAGGGAGUUACGGAUGCUGAGCUACAUGUUUUAGAUGCUUUUGAAGAUGAGGAAUACAAGAGAAGCACAGUGGAGGUCUUUUUGAAUGAUGAUUCGGGGGAACUUUUUGCAGAGACUUAUGUGUGGGCAGACAAAGAUGAUCCAAAAUUAUAUGGUGAAUGGGAUUUUGAGGAAUGGAAAGAACUGCACUUGAAGGAUUUCCUCUCAAUGACUGAAGGGUUCGUGAAGGAGUUAGAACAGCUAGAACUGAAAACAAGGGUGGCUACUUAUGAAGCCUAUUACAAGAAAUUAUAGAAGAUUGAAGGAGCUACAGUAGAACUGAAGCACUGAAGCGAGGUAAAAAUAGAGGAGGAUUCUGAAGGCUGGUAAUGAUGGUGAUAUGGUGGAAUUGAUGGAAAGUAAGUUUAUUUAUUUUGGGGACAGUUAGGUCAAUUAAGAUAA